UUCUUUCUUUCUUUAUAUUUGGUUUGACCUUUGGAAUACGUGUUGAGGAUGCAAAUAAAUGCCUGCUUUAAAGGUCUGUAAUGAAAACCUAAUAAAUUACAAACAAGUGGCAUAAAUGCAUUAAUGAAUGAAUGAGUCCGUUGAAUGACGGGACCUGAACGUGUAACUAUGCAGCAGACACCAGUUUACAGACUGUCAUCCUCCCGUUCAGAAGGCUGCAGCUCGUUGAUUAAUGCAUUUUGAGGUUUAACGCCAGCUUGUAGCAGAGACUCCCGAUUGUGCUGCUCCCACUAUUUGGCAAGACACAAGUCUCAGCAGCAGAGAUACUUCUGCACCAAAUUUGCAUCAAUAGAUUUAAAUAUGCAACCAAAAUGUGUAAAACUAUGAAUCUGUUCUUUCACGUCCCAAUUCAUUCUUAGUUUUACAUUGGUAUACCUAAGAAAGCAAAACAACUUUCUCUGAAGGGAUUGGAGCCGGAACAUGAGCAUUGUUUCUUAAUCUACAAUAAAUAAUUGGGCUAAAUUGACUGAUCCCAGACUCUUGGCUGUAAUUAGUUCCAAAAUAAUGUAGGAAACUGUACUUGAACUCCUGAACUAAACUAAAGAAAUCAAAUAUAUCGGCCCUUCUCAGUAUUCCAGAUGGUUCUGGAACACCUAAAAUGCAUAAUAGUGACACUAAAAUGUCGUCUUUCUCAUCUUGACAAUAAUAAGUGUCAACAUGAGAGUGUGAAAGUGUGAAAGCAAAGGACAGCUUGAUGUUACUGCUCUGCAUAUUUCAGUCACAGCCGGACCCUGCAAGCAAGAAAAUAUUUCAAACAAAAAUCUCUGGUAUCUGUAGCUUACACGCAAUGUCAGUGUUCUGGUGGAGGUUGCAGAUUACAGAGGCCUCUGGCAUAUUUUGUUUGAUCAAGAUUUAUUCUUCCCGUAGACCAACUUUAUUUAUUUUUUUAAUUUAUUUUUGGGUGCCCCAGAAAAUACUGAUUAUCCAAAAGAUAAUUAUUACUUCUUCAUUCUUCUUUUUUUUAUACAUUGUAAACACAGAGGACGUCAGAUUGUGAACUAACCAGAAAUACUCUAAGAGUGUCAGCUCAGCCUCUUUAGCCACUCUUCCUUUUUUACAGCCGAUGACACAGACCAGAUGUGAAAACUCUGGUUUACUGUUGGAGCGUGUGGUGUGGGGUCUUUGCAGAGGAGCUGCUUUGCAGCAUCUGUCACUUGUGUUUGUGUGGCGGGGCCCCCGACUGGUAUUUUAUUGUCUGAGUGACCACACUAAAACAUAGGAAGUAAAUCCUCACGUUUAAACUAACAAUAUCAUGAAUGGUGUCUCUGGUAUUUUUCAAAAACCCGGCUGAGACCAAAAGGAACAAGCUUAAAUAAAAAUAUAAAACAAAAUAGAAUUUAAACAGAAUAAAGUAAAGAAGUUAAAUAAAUAAUUCAUUGUUAAUAAUAAUUUGUCUUUAAGGAAAAUGUUGUGCACAGGUUUAUGAAAGAAAUCAUUUACAGAAAUUGAUCAGUGCAUUUAAGGUUGAAAGAUGAUCAUCAGAAAUGCCAAAAACUGAAGCUUUGAGUGGAGCAACACAUUUCAGGAUGAGAAACAGUGGGAAGAGACAAACAAAGCCUAGAAAUGAAAUAAAGACUUUUACAAAGACUUGUAUCCAAUUACCGUUAUUGUUACAUUAUCAUACCUUGUUCUCUAAUCUUAAUUUGUCUUGACAGCACCUUCUGGCCACAGUUUACAGAAGCAAAUAUAAUUCACAAUAAUAUUAGCGUUUGCUUUUCCAAGUGUCAAAAGAUGAUGCAACAGCCAAUAAACUCUGGGAGUGCAGGUUUAACUGGAUGUCUUCCCCUUGUCAACAACUGCAAAUCUGUUUUAUUCAGACGGGCAACUUGGUUUAUUAUUAUCAUGGCUUCACUAUUUUUUUAUUUAAAAUGAAAAGUAACUAUCCACGCAACGUUAGAUAAACUGUCUACAAUCCCUGUUCAAAUGGCCCACAAAUACCUACUUGAAAUGGUUGGAUGUUGCGGUUUCGGAGUCCUCGGCCAGCGGGUGGCAGCGCAGCUCCAUCACGCGGAAGGACCGCGGCCAUCGUGCGCCUCAGCAGCCCGUGUUGCCAUGUCCGUUUAGUAGGAUUCUCCAUCAGCGCAUCAUUUUCUUACUUACUAGAUCAUGUUUGAAUAGCGUAGUCAGCCCAUGUACCAAAACACACAACGAACCCUCAAAAACACAUCAUGUAUUCCGUGAUCCCUGACACAUGUCUCACACACACUUUAUUAUUGGUAUUCAUUUACAUAUGCGAUUAAUUAGUAUGUAACGUAUUCAUCUCGGGGCGUUUACACACGUAUUGUUCCAAAAGCAUAAGGGAGAGUCAAUGAGUGAGUGUCCGACACGGUGAGAGGACGCAUUUUGGAUCGUUUGGCUCUCCAUCUCCAUCUGGCAACCUGCGCGCAGCCUCCAGUCCGCGCGUCCGGACACCGUCUCCAAGACCGCUGUGCGCCGCGGAAAUGUUGAAAGGGCAUCAGCUGAGAGCUUUGGUGAACGAGCGGCUGAAAGCCGCCGCUGAGGAAAUAUUCCGCAUCUUCGAGACAACUAUCAAAGACUAUGAGGAGAUCAUUUUGCGGUCACAACAGGAGGUGGACCAGCAACAAAGCCGGCUGGCCGCGUGGGAAGGCUCCUUGCAGGAAGAGGCCCCUCCAUCUGAGCCGUGUCCCUUUGAGAAGAAGACCGACCUGUGUGAGGAUGACCAGGAGCCCCCGUGGAUUAAAGAGGAGCUGCAGGAGGAGGAGGAGCUGUGGACAGCUCAGCCCGGUGACAACCAGCAGGAGGAAGCUGAUACAAAACACUCCAUGUUCAAUAUCAUUUACAUGCAAAGGCAGGAUGACGACGCACAACAGUUCCCACAUAAAAACCUAGAGGCUGCAAAGAAGGCAGACCAUCUGAACACCAGCUCACACCGACAGUUGAAAUCAGAACCCGAUAAAGAAGGCUGUGAUGCAUCAGAGGCAACCGGGGACUGUCAGAUGAGUGAAGUAAGUGACGAUGCAGGCAGAGUCUGUGGAGGAUUGGACUCCGGUGCAAUCGGGAAGAAACCCUGGCUAGGUGACGAGACCGCAGACAGGGCGCACACCUGCAGCGUCUGCAACAGGAAUUUCCGGAUUAAAUCCAUUCUCACUCGGCACAUGAAGACGCACACGGGAGAGAAACCUUACAGUUGCGGCGUUUGCGAUAAAAGCUUCAUCCAGCGCUCCUAUCUACUCACUCACAUGAAUUCUCACUCUGGAAAGAAACCGCACACGUGUAGUUUCUGUGGCAGAGGCUUCACACAAGUGGGAAACAUGAACGCCCACAUACGAAUCCACACGGGAGAGAAACCUCACAGCUGCACUGACUGUGGUAAACGUUUUAGGGAGAAAGCAGAUCUCAUCAAGCACACAAUAAUCCACACCGGUGAGAAACCUUACAUUUGCACGGUUUGCGAGAUGAAAUUCAGCGCUCAGUCCAAUUUAACGCGCCACACAAAGACUCAUUCAGGGGAGAGGCCGUAUGGUUGCCCCUCUUGUGGGAAGAAAUUCAUUCGUCGCUCCCAUUUACUUAUUCAUAUGAAGACUCAUGCAGGGGAGAGUCUCUAGACUGCAGGUGAUUAGAUGUGCUUUGUGGUAUUUAUUUAUUAAUAUCCCAUACAGCCAAGGAAUCAUAUUAAAAAGGAUAAUUGUAUAAAAUAAAAACAUUUUGUAAAGAUCCAUUACUUCCAGGAGGCGUGCUGCUAAUCAACAAUCAUAAAGAUGUACAUAAAUUAUAAAAAAGUGAUGAACUUGAUGAAGUUCUUGAAUGCAAUGGCACCGUUUUGAGAUUCGGCCGAGGAAGGGCAUCAGAUCCUUUGGAGGAAAUCCCCCUCCUGUCCUGAGAUAUUUACCUACAGAUCCGAGCUUUAAUGUUCACACAACCAGAGUCAACAUAUUGGCAGACACAACAUAUUGAGUAAAAACUCAUAAUCACAAUAUAUGUGUAUAUAUACAAUGAACGCUGCAUGUUUUUUCAUGUCUCAUGUCAUCUGUUGUUUGUUGAUUUCAAAAUCAUAUUUUAUCAUGUUGACUAUUGAGAUCAACUUAAUUGCUUGUUAUGGUACUUCAAACAUAAGGCUGCGUAUGAUUGUUGUAUGCUUAUGAAAUUGAUUGUAAUUAAAGGAGUUUGAUCAAU